AUGGCCAGCGUGACUCUGGAAACUGUGCAGCGACAGUUGGAGGAGGUAGAGUCUGAGAUUGAUAGCGCAGUCACAGAUCUAAUACAAUGCAUUCAAACUGCUGAAAUUGUCGAAGACACUGGCGAACAGGAGGCCAUCCAAACCAACCUUGCCAUUGUGAGUGAGCUCUGGGUCAUCAAGUCUGCUGUCCAGGAGCUAGAAUCGCUCGAGUCGCUUGGCGAGCUGAGCGUUGCAUUUUCACAGCUGGAAGACCUAAAGUCCCGGAUUCAGAGAUUCGCUACAGAACACCCCUCUGCCUUGCUGAUCGCAGAUUUGGAACGAAGAAGCGCGACUAUUGGCAAGCGAUUGCGGGAACAACUACAUGAGAAGUGGCUAAAUGCUGUGUUUGUGAGACAGAAAGAGCAUGCGAUUGAACUUAAGCUUGCGGUAGCACUGGAGACUUAUGAAACUGUGAGAGAUUUUAUGCCCUCGUUGAUCGAGGAUUUCCUAAUUACGCUCUCCCCACUGUUUGAAGCGAUAGUCGACUUGCAAGUUCGUGAGAUCUUCGAAGACGAAACCUCAGUUGAGCUCAGUCAGAAUAGUGGUUAUAUGGAUGUCGUGACGCUGAUUGAUGUUGUGCAAACAUUUGUUUUAGCAAUUGGAGGAGUGCUCGCAGAUGUGCCCGAGCUUCAAGCACGGAUUGCCCGUCGGUACGGUCAUAAUUUGGUGGAGAAUCUUGUCCACAAGAGUUUCCCCAGCUUGUUCCCCGAGGAAUCCGAAAAUCUUCAAGCAUUCAGAAAAGAUAUUGAAGGUGUGCGUGGUCUUGAAGAUGUUAUGUUAACAGAAGGGUGGGUGAAAGGCCACGAAUUGAGCUCCUUUGCUAAUUCUUUCGACGAGCAGUGGAACAUGAGCCGACACAACCAUUAUCUCGCCAGACUACGCAAAUCUCUGGCUGGAGAAUACAAGGUAGAUAGCUGGGACUGGGAUGGCGAAGACUGGGAUGGCGAUGAUGGCGAUGACGCAGACAACUUGGAAGAGGAGCCUGCGUCCAAAGAAAAAGCUUUGGAUGUUUUCCAAGCAUUUUUGUGGGAGACAGACUUAGAAGUAGACUUCUUACUUGCAUUGUUCCGGGCGCUGGCGCCUCUAUUCUAUCGAAAGCACCCCAUGACGCUAUAUGUGGAAACCAUGUACAUUCUAGCCGAAGUGUCUAACGCGCCGGCGCGUCCCAAAUCGCUAGAACUCACCGAAACGUUUGCCAAUCAGCUGUUGGCGGAUAUUCUUGCCGACAAUGCUGCUUCGCUUGAUCGGGAGCUGUAUGCUAUAAAGGUUGACGCAACUUACAGCCCGACUGCUGUCAAAUCCAUUAUGGACCAGCUGGAACGUAUUGCUCAAACCUCAAGCAGUGCGGGCCCACAGAUCCGUGAACAUGUCAUCUCGCAAGCGGUUGAGCAGGUGGUGACGUACCUGAUCCGCUCAGUCGAGGCCAUCGAGGAUAUCUCGGAAACGGAGUCUAUUAAUAUUUCAACCACGCUUAAUGGAUUCAGAGGGUGUGCUGCGUUUUUCGACAACGUUGCAGUGUCUGUCCCGUCGUGGGUCAAGCUGCAACGUUUGGGCUCCAUUGUCAGCGGACGGCUCGACGAUAUCGCGGACCUGGCUGCUUCGGGCCAACUCAGUGACUUUAGUGCUUCAGAGCUCGAGAAUCUUGUCACUGCGUUGUUUGUUGAUUCGAAUCACCGGCAGCAGGUGCUCGAUUUAGUGUAUCGUGUUUGUGAAUAA